CAGAAUCAACCAAUGGGAUGGCAGAAUGAACCAAUGGGUUCGGCCUAGGUAUUCACAUGCUUUCUGUGAAGGUCGCUUGGUAGAGAGAGGCGGCCGUGAGUUCUACUUUAUUCCGAGGACUCCUGCUGUGAGCCAUGUCUAAAGCUUCUCGUGCCGUCAAAACCGUGAAGAAAGCUACUACAGCCGGUGUGAUACGAGCUUUUGUGAGAGCUGGGCAAGCAGCUCCAGGACCACCACUUGGACCCACUUUGGGGCAGCGAGGUAUCCCAAUCGGGCAGUUUUGCAAGGAGUUCAAUGAGAAGACAAAAGACAUUAAAGAAGGUAUUCCUCUUCCCGUUAAGAUUUUUGUUAAGCCUGAUAGGAGUUAUGAUAUGAAGAUUGGUCAGCCACCGGUGUCAUAUUUUCUAAAAUCUGCUGCUGGGAUAGAAAAAGGAGCAUCCCAGACAGGUCAUGAGGUGGCAGGAAUGGUUACACUGAAACAGCUAUAUGAGAUAGCUUUGGUGAAGUCAAAAGAUGAGUGUUUUGUGCUGCGGGAUUUGCCUUUGAAAGAAGUAGUGAAAUGCAUUCUGGGAAGUGCCAAAUCACUGGGCAUCAAAGUGGUUAAAGAUUUAUCGGCAGAGGAAUACGGAAAAUUCUUAGAAGAGCGGCGCCUUGUUCUUCAAGCGGCAGCUGAAGCUCAACUUGCAGAAGCAGCGAUCACUACGAAAAAGAAAUAAUUCCAAAAUGACAUGACUUUGAACUUUAUUGCAUUUCCCAGGGACACAAAGGGCUCUCUCCUUCUUUGAGGCAAACUACUUUGGGUAUAAAAAUGGAACUGGCCAUUGGAAUUGUGGACUUGUGUUCCAGAGACCGCUUAGAAUGGAGAAUGUUAGUGUUUUCUGUUCCAAUAAAUAAAAGCUGCCAGCCAGCUGAUGCCUUUUU